GGCAAGGCCACAAUCGCAGCCCGAGGUUCUCGGCUCUCGUGAAUGGCUGCUCGGAUCGCUUCGGAACGGCUCUCAGCUGGGGCGAGGCAUGGAAGGGGCGCGCCUAUGGCUUGUGGUGGCAGCCGCGCUGGGAAUGGGGUCGAAGAGCACGGGUUUAACAUGUUUGGAACACCCACAAAACGUUACCACCAGUGUUAUUAAUGCAAAUAUUACGCUGAAAUGGGAUUGGGAUAAUCCUUGUGGGCUCAAUGUAACAUUUUCAGUACAAUACCUCAGUUCUUCCAGACGCUCUGAAAUCUGGGCAGCUAUUCCUCAAUGUCAGAAUAUAACUAUCACAGAAUGUGAUCUCUCCUCAACAAUUUCAGAUUAUUUGGAAUCUUAUAAAGUGGCUAUAAGAGUGAACACUCUGAAAAAUCACUCUCCUUAUGCCUUUUUAGAAUUUAUUCCUUACAUAGAAGCUCAAGUGGGUCCUCCAGAAGUGUGGUUUGAAUCAAUAUAUGGAGAUGUAAAAAUCAAUAUUUUACAUCCUGAGGCAGAUCAAAAAAAAAUGUGGACGCUAGACACGUUAAAAUAUCAGCUAACUAUCUGGAAAAAUGCAACCCAUUCUAAGUGGCAGAUGGCAUUUUUUUGGAUUGGACUACCUCGUCUUCAAAAUCUUCGAAUUGAUAGCUUGAAUAUGAAGCAUCUCUUACGUUGGGACAAUCUAUAUGAUGGAAAUGUGAGCCUCAUAGUACAGUUGCUUCAUGGUAACAAAGCCCGUCAUUCUUCAGAUAUUUCUAAGGACUGGGAAAAUGUAUCUAAAUGUGAAAAUAUUCAAACUAGAUUUUGUGAUCUCUCAUCUGUCAUUGGCUCCAAUGGAAUUUACUAUCUCCGUGUGCAAGCAGUACAUAGUCAUAAUAAGUCACCUUGGUCUAAAAUCUUACAAUUUGAUCCUAUAGAACAAACUAAAAUGGGCCCACCAAAUGUUUCAGUCAAUGCCAGUAAGGAUUCAAUUGAUGUUUUCAUCGCUUUUCCUGGAGAGUCAGAAAACAGCCCAAUGAGUAAUAUAUAUAAGCCGACUUACAACGUUUGGUACAGGACUUCAUCUAUCACGAAGGAACUCAGACAUAAACCAUCACAGUUUAUGAUCUCAAAUCUGCACUCCUCAACAUUAUAUUGCUUAAAAGUGCAAGCAUUUUCUGAAAUAUAUAAUAAAAGUAGUGCUUUUAGCAAUGAAACUUGCAUUAAAACAGCCAAAGGAGAAUCUUCAUCUUUCAUCCUCGGCAUUAUUUCUGCUGUUGUGUUUUUAAUAAUAUGCUUAUUUCCUUGUGCUUGGAGAUGUAUAAACUAUGCACGCUUCCCUAAAUGUAAAACUCCAGCGGUCAUAGAGAACUUUGGAGAAAAAGAUUUGAAGAGACUGUAUUUCCCAACUGCAGAAGAGCAAACAGACAAAUGUAUGGUCAUAAAUUCCAGUGUUGCUCUUCCAUGUAAAGUUAACCUGGAUGAUGUCAGAUUCGACAAAGAGUUGGAAGAGAUCAGUCAAGACUCAGGAAACUAUUUUAUUGAUGACAUUAUUUCUGGAGAUAAUGAAUCCCAUCAAUCCUCAGAACUAAUAACCAGUAUAACUGCAAGAUAAUGCAAGCUGGAAACAAGAUGAGGAAAGCAUCAUAAUGAGGAAAACUUGCUCAUUAUAGAAAUAAUAUGUAUUUCCAUUAGUCUAUAAAGAACAAAGACCUGUGCCUGAAAGUGGCCAUGAGCUGCCUCCACUGACACUGAUUUUGAGCUUUGUGGCCUGCUGCUGGAAGAACCGUUUACAUCAAGUGAAGGAACAAAUUUGUUUUCUCUUCUUAAAAUGUUAUAGGAAAAAAAUACUUUAUAUCAGGGGUUGCCAACCUUUUGGACCUCAGGAACCAAUUUUAGAUCCCAGGGAUCACUAACCGGUUCUGUGGGCAUGGCUUAAUU